CUGAUUGACGUCGCUGCCGGGGUUUCUCCUCUUCAUAUUCCUUCUCUUAAAUGUCCGGUACGCUUCAGCAUUCGCAGUCGCAGUUGGCGUUUCUGCUGCAGCUACAGCGAAUGCUUAGUUGCCGCUGCUGUGAAAUUUGAUAUAAAAUAAUCAUAAUAAGAAUUUUCAGUCAGAUUCUGAUUCUGAGCGCGGCGGAUGGCGCAUUAUACUUUUGCUGGCUUGGCAAGAAUUUCUCGCUUAUGUACUAUUAACUCGGUGUAUUUAACUUAAAAAUUUGUGUGAAAUUUUAUUUGUUUACAUUCUUCGGAAAUUAACACACGUUUGCUCGGCAUGAUGAAAAGUGUAAAUUUGCAAUAAUUUAACGAUUGUUGAGAGAUUUGCACUAAAAACACAAACGAAAGGAGAAAAUCGGACUGAAAUUAUUUUCAAAAAACUCUUACAACAUUGGCGAAAAAUACCAGUUUCGUACUGAAAAAUGUGUUUUAAUAUAAAAAACUGCUGACUAAUGAAACAAGUUUAAACAAAUGCAAAAAAAAGACAAUUAAAAAUUAAGAAAUAAAUUGGUGCUUCAGUUGAAUAGUAGAUAAUAUAUAAAAGGAUUUCUUAUUGAAAGUAAAAUAAAAUAGAAUAAAGUUUAGUACUCAAAAGCCGAAAACUAAAUCCAAAUAGAUUGAAAAGCUUUUACGAACAUAUUUACAUAUUUACGCUUGAUAUUUGAACUUUAACGCCGUGAUGAUUAGAAAUUACAUUCAGCGCGCUUGAUUCAUAUAAAUUGACUUUUUCGCCUAUUAAAAAAAUAUUAGAAAAGUGCAGGGUUUUAGUAAAAAAAGCUACAAAUUCACAUUGUAUACGAUGUUUCGCACACUAAUUCAGUAUUACCUGCUGCUCUGCGCAGUUCUAAGUCACAUCGGUCACCCUGUGGUAACGCAGCGUACAGCAUUGGAUGUCACUUUUCGUGACCUGUAUCGACCGUUGCGUUUGUUCGGUUUGAAUUUGGCUGGACGUUCUGGUGAUAAUGCUGAUAAUAGACAGUUGGCGCGAGAUAUGGGUAAAACACAAAAUCUCAAUACACGCGCUCGUUCGUUAGUAAACUUCUGCGAUGCGCUAAAUGGGCCCGGAAAGCGCAGCGAAACACGGCCCACCUCAGUGCAUCGCCUGCGACCUGGUGAUAUAGAUGUUAUAGGAGCAAUGGGUGAUUCGUUGACGGCUGGUAAUGGUAUUUUCGCCACUAAUUUGUUGCAUGUCACAGUGGAGAAUCGUGGUAUGGUAUGGAGUAUUGGUGGGCAAGGUACGUGGCGGCAGUAUUUGACGCUGCCAAAUAUACUCAAGGAAUUCAAUCCGAACUUGUAUGGCUAUUCGCUGAAAGAUGGACUCUCCACGGAUCGUAGUUCGAAAUUCAAUGUCGCCGAGCUGGGUGCUAUGUCGCGCGACAUACCGUACGAAGCGCAAGUGAUUGUCAAACGUAUGUCACGUGACCCCAAAGUGAACAUGACUGCCGAUUGGAAGCUCAUCACACUACUCGUUGGUAAUAAUGAUUUUUGCUCUGAUGUUUGCUUUCUACCACGACCUGAGGAUGCAAUUAAAAGGCAUGAGGAGAAUAUGGUGAAAACUUAUCGUUAUUUGCGUGACAACGUACCACGCCUUAUGCUGAAUGUAGUACCAGCACCAAAUCUGGACUUUUUGGUGGGCCUUAGCAGUAAGACGCCAGUGUGUCAUACUACUCUAACAUUUGAAUGCCCCUGUUUGGUGUCAAAGCCCAGGCAGCAAGUAGCGAGGAUGAAGCAAUUAAUGAAAAAGUGGGCUGCAAAGGAUAGGGAGAUAGUGAAUAGAGCUGAGUUCAAUUCGGAGACAUUCACCAUCAGCAUACAACCAUUUACUUUAUUUGAUGACUUCUUCCCGUCCAGCGAUGACGCGGGCAAAUUCAAGUUUCUUUCAGAGGACUGUUUCCAUCUUAGUCAGCGUGGACAUGCUAUUAGUGCCAAUUAUCUGUGGAAUAAUAUGUUGGAAGACGACGACAAUAAAAGCAUUAUGACGGAACCAAGACUGUUGGAGAAUUUCCACUGCCCGACAGCGGAACACCCUUAUUUUAUGACACGCGUCAACAGCCGUAAAGAUUUUCAAUUGUGACUUUGAUUUUGAACUUCGAUUAACGGUCGCGAGGCGUCACGUUUCAUCGAUUGAUUUCUGGGGGGAAAAUGCGAAUAAUUUAAUAAUAAAAUUCUGUGAUAAAUUAGAUAUAAGUGCAUGGAGCCAAUAGUCUUAGUUAGUCAUGUGUCGAUUCAUAUGCUUGCAAAUACAUUUACAUACUACACGUAGAAUUGGCUUUGCAAUAAAAAACCCAUAAGUAUUUAUAAAAUAGUCAUACAUUACGAAUAAACGUAAGUACGGGAAUAAAUAGUUUAAAUGCUAGUUAAUAAUGCAAAAUAUAAACGAGAUAUUUGUAAAAUAAAUAUGUAUGUAUAUGCAAUUAUUCAAAAAGGAAACAAUAAAUUGCGAAGA